AUGUCUAUUAGUCAGAAUGGGAAUAACGUUGAUCAUGUGCGGUUCCAAAGGCUUGUUCAAGUCUGUAAUAAGGCAUUAGAAGAGAGCAUCAAACAACUUGAAUCAUGGGAAAAGAUACAAGAUUGUUUCCCGGAGUAUUGUCAAACGAGAGAGGGUAGUGAAAAUUUAUCCGUAUGUCAACAACAGGUGUCUAAACUAUGGGCAAACUUAUCUAGAGUAGAAUUUGAUGCCAUAUUUCACGAAAGGAACAUUGAAGAGAAAUUAAAUCAACUUGAUGAGCUUAUUGACAAGGCCAAACGCAGAAAUAUAUCUUCGACAGGUACAAAUAACCUGCGAAGAAUGGACGAGCUCAUGCCUUCUGAAUUAAUAGAUGGGAAUUUACAGUCUGCAAAAUUAUCAACGCUCGAGAAGUUAGAAGAAAGACUAGUGUCUAUUAAAAAUAUGAAUAGCACUCUAGAGAGCGAGCUUAAAGACCUUAAUGAUAAAGUUUUCGAAGAACUAGAUAAAUUGCAACAAAUUUAUGAUGAUACCCUUAAAGACGAAGUUUCUGUUCCAGAUGAUGUAAUAAAACAAGCAGUCAUUGAUAUGAUAAUCGAAACUAGACAAGAUUGA